GCUACACUGCACCCAGAGUGUUUCUAAGGGCAUGUUGCAAGAGGAGAGGCAAGGCAAGGAUAUUCCUUUUCCUAUUCUGAGUGAAGGAUGAAUGAAGGCAGAAAUCUAAAAGGGGCUGUCAACUUUGAACACAGCUCUGAGACUCCCAAAUUUUUCUUUAAUCAAUAGCUUGUUUUGUGUACAGGCACAUGCAAUCAGCCUCUCCUUUCUCAAAGGAUUGAACCUGUUGAAAUUAUUGUCAUUUUCUGCAGACAUGAAUAAUGCACUUAUCCCACAAACAGACAGAUUUCACUAACAGACAGUGCACAGAGGUUAGGGUUGUGGGCUCAAAGAGCAGUUGGGGUAAAGAUAUGAGACAUGAAACAGAUGAAAAUAUCUGAGGAGAUGGGAUAAGACUAGAAAAUGAGAGAAAGAUUAAAGCUCCAGAUGCUUCCUCUGCUUAUAAGUAGUGGAGCUUCAUGAAAUUAAAUGGAGCCAAUGGAACAUUUGCUAAAGAGAAAGUGAAGGUAUUAUAAUAUAGCAGGAGGAGUGACUCUGAGAAUGGCCUUGACUUGUCGUUAUCUUCUGCACUCUGCACAGGACUCCAUGCCCAGGAACUGCAGAUGCCCAACAGCAGCUCCAUCAGCCAGUUCCUCCUCCUGGCAUUGGCAGACACGCGGCAGCUGCAGCUCCUGCACUUCUGGCUCUUGCUGGGCAUCUACCUGGCUGCCCUCCUGGGCAACGGCCUCAUCAGCACAGCCGUAGCCUGCCACCACCGCCUGCACACCCCCAUGUACUUCUUCCUCCUCAACCUCGCCCUCCUCGACCUGGGCUGCAUCUCCACCACUCUCCCCAAAGCCAUGGCCAAUGCCCUCUGGGACACCAGGCACAUCUCCUAUGCAGGAUGUGCUGUACAAGUCUUCUUUUUACUACUUUUCUUUGGUGCAGAGUAUUGCAUUCUCACCAUCAUGUCCUAUGACCGCUACGUUGCCAUCUGCAAGCCCCUGCACUACGGGACCUUGAUGGACAGCAGAGCUUGUGCCACCAUGGCAGCAGCUGCCUGGGCCACUGGACUUCUCUAUUCCCUGCUGCACACUGCCAACACAUUUUCACUGCCUCUCUGCCAAGGCAAUACAGUGAAACAGUUCUUCUGUGAAAUCCCCCAGAUCCUCAAGCUCUCCUGCUCAAAAUCCUAUCUCAGGGAAUUUACACUUAUUGCGGUUAGUGCACUUGUGCUUUUUGGGUGUUUUGCUUUCAUUCUUUUCUCUUAUGUGCAGAUCUUCAGGGCUGUGCUGAAGAUGCCCUCUGAGCAGGGAUGGCACAAAGCCUUCUCCACGUGCCUCCCUCACCUGGCUGUGGUCUCCCUGUUUCUCAGCACUGUGGUGUUUGCAUACCUGAAGCCCUUCUCCAUUUCCUCCCCAUUCCUGGAUCUGGCGGUGGCAAUUCUCUACUCAGUGGUUCCUCCAACACUGAACCCUAUUAUUUACAGCAUGAGGAACAAGGAGAUCAAGCAUGCCCUCAACAAAGUGUUUCAGCAUGCAAUAUCCUUGCUUCAAUAAUUUGCACGACUUCCUCACAUCGUUCCCAGUGAUGGAUCUUUAUAUUUUAUGUAUGUAUGUGUCUCGCUCCAAUUUAUAGGAGGGAGAGGAGGUUCUUUUAUUAUCUCUAUACCCAGUGUGAGAUGAAGAAGCAACGGUUCCAAUGUUGGUCCGACCAGUUGAUUACAAAUCUUAAUCAGGGAAAUGGGGAAGGGGAGGAUGGACACUAUUAUGAAUUAGGGUAAUGGGGAAGGGAAGGAGGGCGAUAGAAAAGAUAGAAGAGAAUAAGCAAGGAGUCUUUAUAGGCAGCAAGAGGGACACAGUCACCACCAUGGAUCCAGCAUGGUUCGUAGUUCAGUCUUUGAUCUUCAGUAGUGGUGGGUCGUCGGGCAGAGUUGUUCUACUAACGACCAUGACAACGACCAUGGUGAUGACGGCCCCUUUUCAAUGGUUUCAAAGUGGUUGAGUCAGCUGUCUUUGGAGUGGCAGCUUCUGGCUCUGGGAUCUCAGCAGAAACUCCUUUGUUCUCAUCUUCCGGGCCUUGCCAGCAGAUAAGAGGAAGCAGGGAUGCCCAUCUGCAUCCUGUUUCUCACA